CGGCACAGAGAGUUUAGUUUGUGUAUGCGAGUGAAUGCGCGACUACGUUCGAUAGUGCUGUACUAAAGCGCGGCAACAAGUGUCGAUAAACAAUAGCGCGAAAAAAAAAUGAAGACCAUUGUGAUUUUGUUUAUACAUUAGAAUAAAGUGCGCUUUAAGUAUUAACAGGAUUUCAACGAUUAUUCAAGAUGUCGGUUAUGGAUGAAGUCGAAGAUAUUAUGUGUGACCAGUCUAUAUUAUAUGCGGAAAAUUAUGAUACCAAAAAAUCAUAUUUAAUUAUACCCACAACAAAACUAUGGGUGGCCGUGGACCUGAUAAGCAGAGCAAUUAUACCUUCGUUCAUCAACGCCUACUAUGUCUACGUGCGUAACCAGCAAACCGUGGUCGAUGGAUUUCGCAGGCAGCUCCUUCCUGCAGUGGUCGCGUUCCUCGCUAACAGCGUCUCCAGAUCUUUGGCGUCGGUGCAAAGGAUCAGCAUACCGCUGACGCUGCGCGCGUUGAGAAACGAGGAAAUAUCCGCGUCGGAGAUGGAUGCGCACGGCGUGUUCGCCGAACCGGAGAAAUGCGUCGAAUGCGAGGUUUUAAGGGAACCGAGAGACGGCAACAUCGAGGCCGACGUUAUUUUCAUACACGGGUUGCACGGGGGUCUGGAUAAAACUUGGAAGCAAGGCUCCUGGAGGAAUGAUGAUCACAAGUUGACUAAUCAGUUUCCGAUACAACGGCAGUACAGUCAGGACUUCUAUGUACCUCCGAAACCAAGUUCAUUGAAAAGGACCUUGUCUCAGUAUUACUCGAAAAUUCCCAACAAAAUAGCUCGCAAGGAUUACGAGAUUUGCAUGGAAAGAAGCGAGGAACUAAACGCCUUGGAGGAGGAGAUGAGCGAAAACGAAUUUUACAGCAAGUGCUGGCCGAAAGAUUGGCUUCCGAAAGACUGUCCAAAUGUGAGGGUGAUAGCUCUCAAUUACUCCACAGACGUUCUGUGGCGGCCAUUGUGGAUACGAAAAAGAAAUCGAACUGACAUGGUGGAACGAAGUCGUGAAAUGAUUGAAGAGUUAAUACGUAUUGGCGUUGGAAAAAAUCCAAUUGUGUGGGUGGGCCAUUCAAAAGGAGGAUUGUUUAUUAAACAGAUUAUGGUAAACGCUUGGGAGGGUCGUGACAAUAGCCAGGAUAUGUUUGACCUUUUUGCUCAUUCUAAGGCGAUUAUGUUUUAUAGCGUGCCACACAAAGGAUCUUCUCUGGCUGAUUUUACAUUGCCGUUAUUAAGUAGGAGUGUUGAACUGUUGGAAAUUCAAAGAAAUUGCAACUUCGUUCUUAAUUUGCACGAAAAGUUUUUGGAGAUCUACGAAAAAACUGCAAACAAGCCUGAAGUGUUUAGUUUCAUUGAAACAUCCUUCACUCUGAUGUCCUUCUUGUAUUUAAAAAUAGUGGCGUAUGACUCAGCAGAUCCCAAUAUUGGUAUAAAAUGUGAUGUGCCCUUGGAUCACAGAGAAAUAUGCAAACCUGCUGGCAGGGAUUGCUUUUUAUAUUUGGAAUUGGUGAAAUUAAUAAAAAAAGCAAUAAAUAUGGAUGAAGAAACAAAAAAUGCUAGCUUCUAGUAUAAUUUUAAUAGAGUUUUAAUUAUUAAAAUAUUUUUUAAGCAAUUAAUAUAUUUUAUCUGUAAAAAAUCUAGUGCUGUCAAAUUUGUGAUAUUAAUUUAAUUCAGACCAAAAUCUAUGUGAUUUAGAAUAAGCCUCAAUGUAUAAAGUAUUUAGAUGUUUAGUAACGAAAAUAAGCAAAAAUAAAUUGUGCAUACACAUUAAUAAAUUGAUAAGUAAUAUCAUUAAAUUGCAUUUCUACUUAUUGUUAGGUCAGAACAAUUUGAAAUUAUUAAUAUGAUAA